AACCCCCACUUUCUCAGACAAAACAGUUCAUGCUUUGACGCUGCAUUGCGCUCCAAGACAAAGAACAAGAAAAUGGCGAAACGUUUCAAGCUCCGGAUUUCCCGAGUCAUCCCAUCCUUCCAAUCCUGCCGUUCCAAAGACCCCGCCACUCUGCCAGCGGAUCCUGUCCCUUCAUUCUUCCGACCAUCCCCAGUAAGCACCAAACUCACCGACCUCCAUUUCCCAGCCACUAACCCACUCCAACCCUCCAAACCCCAUCACUCUUCCCUGAAGCGCCACGUUUCGUCUGCUUUUAUAUCGGUCGGCUGUGGGUUAGGAUCAAGAGCCACUCUCUCUGAUGACGACCGCACCGAGUCACCCGAGUUCCAAUGGGAAAAAGAAGAGAACUGGCACGUGGUCGCCAAGGUCUACGACGAGACUCCUCGCCGUAAAAUCUACAACUCCUCGGUGUCCGGCGAGUCCGACUCCGAAGACGAAGUUUCUGGUCUUGCUCCACCACCACCCCCCACAGCGGAAAAGAAGAAACGAAGAGCCAGAAAGAAGAAGACGGCAUCGAAAACCCGCACCAGCACCUCUUCUGCCGAUAGCGGACUGUUCAGCAGCGAAGGUCGUGACGAGAGAGACGGCGAGGAGACCGAAACCUUAGUUUCCUCCUCCAGAAGCUUCUCCAGCGAUUCCUCGCCGGAGUUCAACUCCCACUUGGAGACAAUACGCGAGGUACCACUGAGCUGCACAAGGCGAAAGAAGAGCAACGCGAAGAAGAAGAUGAAGAAGGUGAAGCGGUGCGUUUCCAAGGGUGGGAGGCCUAGGAAGGUGGUGCCGUCGUCUCCGGAGUGCGAUUCGCCGGCGAGGCUGUCGAUGUUCCAGAGACUGAUACCUUGCACGGUGGACGGGAAGGUGAGGGAGAGCUUUGCGGUGGUGAAGAAAUCGGAGGACCCGUAUGAUGACUUCAAGAGGUCGAUGAUGGAGAUGAUCUUGGAGAAGCAGAUGUUCGACGACAAGGAUUUGGAGCAGCUCUUGCACUGUUUUCUGUCUCUGAACGCCAGGCAACACCAUGUCGUUAUCGUCCAGGCUUUCUCUGAGAUUUGGGAGGCUUUGUUCUGUAGAAGAUCAACUAGCCGAUGCGUUUCUAGGGCUCUUUGAAUCAAACCAGUAUAUAGAGAAUAGACUAGAACUAGCACUUCUUCUUCUUCUUUAUGCUUAAUUAUCAACUCUUAGCUUUGAAAACUUCUGUAGUCUUUCUAGUCUUGAACUUGGGGAUGGUUUUCCUUUCUAGUUAUCUGUGGGACUCUAUUAACGAAAUUAUAAGGAUAAAGUUAUUAGUUAAUUAUAUUGUGUUAUGGAAAAAUUGCUGCAAAAUU